AUGGCGUACUUCCUUGCAAUAUUCUUAUUUCUGUUCGCUUCUCGAUCGCUUGCGUCGCUCUCGGACAUAUAUGACACUCCUAGAGUCUUCGAAGUCCAACUGAUAUCCCCAAGAAACGGGACGUGGGAGCCCACUGCCAAUAUGCCAAUAAUUUUUGCCAUCAAGAACCCCAGGCUUGCAUCGCCGCUCGGGGUCAGUUAUAUCAGCUGGAGAUUUGCCAAACUCGGUACAUUUUCCGACCAAUACUCCGACAGUGGCGAUAUCAAGCUGCAGACUCUGAACGGAUCAACCCCGAGUCCUUACAUUGCCAUUGAUCACAGUAGCGUCAUGGGUAAAGUUGAAGCCGAAUGGGUUUUCGUGUGGGAUAUAUCCUUCUCGAACUGCUCCAACGACGUCACGGAUGUUCAAGACGAGGAUGGCAGGGAGGGACGUGUCGCCACCACCAAUAUCUGGCGGGACGGGAAGAUCAAUCGUUUGCAGUUCACGACGCGCAAUGCAACCACCGCCAUGUCGGUCGAGGCCGCCAUGUCCAGCGAUGACACCUGCCGUCUUUCCGAUACUAUAGCUCUGAAUGUCCAUGAUCUCCUUCCACUUCCUGGCUGGAUUAGGACUGGCGACCAGUCUCAGUGGUACGCGCCCACAUGGCGGCCAAGCUGCGCCAACCUAGGGCCUACACCGACAACGGCGAGCUCUUGCGCUUUCAAUGGAACGACCAGGUCAAGUGUAGCGGCGCAGGUGUCGUACUAUGGCUGCAAGUCCAAUUGCACUCUGCCGGGAGAACGAUCUGCCGCGUCGUCCUCGAAUUGUUUCAACUCUCUCUUGUUCGCUGUACUACUGUGUAUGGCACUUGGUGUAAUUCUCAAUUGA